CGAGUCAUCGGGACAGACACGCGCCUCCUUCCCGGGACUGUGCGCUUCUCUCCAGGUCCGCUUAUCAUCAUCUUCGUCAGAGGACCGAGAUGUCAGACGCAGUGAGAAACGAACCGAGAGCACCGAGUGAUAGUCAGAGGUCUGAAACGAUCCACGUUACCGUCAAAAGUCUCACGGAGAGCAAAGACUUCACCGUUGAAAGAGGCUGCACUGCCAGACAGCUGAAAUGGGGUCUAGCAGAGCGCCUGGGAGUCCCGGCAGAGCGACUCGUGCUGAUCCAUUCCGGCCGGAUCCUCAGAGAGUCAGAACUCCUGAGUCACCUUAAAGCACAAGAUGGCUCAGUCAGCCUGUGCAUGAUCCAAAGGCUUCAGCAGUCGUCUGCUGCACCCACCCGUGAUCCAGCUUCAGAAGUGGUCCCGUCAGAGCUCACAGCCAUUCUGGAUCCUAACCCUGAUAUCGUCACACCAUCUCCCACCUCUCCCCUCUGCCUGGUGGAAGGUCUGGACAGUCUUGGCCUAUCAAACAGCGGACGUGGCUUCUUCCCCACGCUCCAGCGCCAGAUGGAGAGCCAGCUGCUGGCUGACCCAGAGAUGAUGCGCCGUGUCCUGGGCUGCCCCUUCGUGCAGAGCACCCUCUCCACCUCCAGCCCGCAACUAACCAAACAGCUCAUUCUGUCUAAUCCUCAAAUUCAGCAGCUCCUGCAAACUAACCCCGAGGUGGGAGAUAUGCUUAACAACACAGACGUCAUCACACAGGUGUUGGAGCUCGCCAGGGACCCUGACAUGAUAGAGAAAGUGAUGCGUAAUAAAGACAGAGUAUUUGGCAAUUUGCUGCCAGAGCAGGACAGCCCUGAAACCAUCACUGGUGAUUGUGAUGGCCUUCAGAAGACAGACACAAAAAGUCUCAAAUUAUCACAGAUCCAGAUAGGAGUGCCCCCGGCAGUGACUGCAUCAUCUGGCAAUCAAAAGCCAACUGAAAGAGAAAGCGAGCAGACUCCAACCCUCUCCGCUCACUCCACAGAUCCUCUCAGAGAAGUGACCGCCACGUCUGGAUCUGAUCCAAACCCUCAGAGCACUGCAGGAAUGCAGUCACUGCUAGAGGAGAUCACAUCCAGUCCAGGACUGAUGGAGAGCCUGCUGUCUGGGCCGUACGUCAGUAGUCUUCUGAAUUGCCUCAGCCAGAAUCCUGACCUGGCUGCACAGAUGCUGCUGAGCCACCCUUUGUUCUCAGGAAAUCCUCAGCUGCAGCAGCAGAUGAGACAGCAGAUCCCUCUCUUCCUGCAACAGAUGCAGAGUCCAGAGCUGCUGUCAGCCAUGUUGAACCCCAGAGCCAUGGAAGCUCUGCUACAGAUCCAACAGGCCCUACAGACUCUUGCUGCAGAGGCUCCAGCACUGAUACCAACGGCUGGGCUCAUAAACACUGGAGACAGUGUUAAUGCCUCCCCUGAGCUAUGUCUCCCUUUUCAGGUGUUGGAGCUCGCCAGGGACCCUGACAUGAUAGAGAAAGUGAUGCGUAAUAAAGACAGAGUAUUUGGCAAUUUGCUGCCAGAGCAGGACAGCCCUGAAACCAUCACUGGUGAUUGUGAUGGCCUUCAGAAGACAGACACAAAAAGUCUCAAAUUAUCACAGAUCCAGAUAGGAGUGCCCCCGGCAGUGACUGCAUCAUCUGGCAAUCAAAAGCCAACUGAAAGAGAAAGCGAGCAGACUCCAACCCUCUCCGCUCACUCCACAGAUCCUCUCAGAGAAGUGACCGCCACGUCUGGAUCUGUUUCCUCAGGAAUGCAGUCACUGCUAGAGGAGAUCACAUCCAGUCCAGGACUGAUGGAGAGCCUGCUGUCUGGGCCGUACGUCAGUAGUCUUCUGAAUUGCCUCAGCCAGAAUCCUGACCUGGCUGCACAGAUGCUGCUGAGCCACCCUUUGUUCUCAGGAAAUCCUCAGCUGCAGCAGCAGAUGAGACAGCAGAUCCCUCUCUUCCUGCAACAGAUGCAGAGUCCAGAGCUGCUGUCAGCCAUGUUGAACCCCAGAGCCAUGGAAGCUCUGCUACAGAUCCAACAGGCCCUACAGACUCUUGCUGCAGAGGCUCCAGCACUGAUACCAACGGCUGGGCUCAUAAACACUGGAGACAGUGUUAAUGCCUCCCCUGAGCUAGCAUCCGACCCUGUCCUUAACGGCCAAUCAGGAAGUGGUCCCGGGGUUGCCACGGUGACAGAGCAGCAGCAGCAGCAGUUUGUACAACAGAUGCUACAGGCACUGGCUAACAGCAAUUAUAGGGUCCGUAGCGAUGAGGCCGAGUUCCAGGAGGAGCUGGAGCAGCUGAGCUCAAUGGGCUUUAGAGACAGACAGGCGAAUCUUCAGGCCCUCAUCAGCACAGGAGGAGAUUUCACCACUGCUGUACAACUGCUCAGUCUCUGACACACACGCACACAGAUGUUGAUCUGUGCACAUAUACAUACGUAAGUGAAUGCACAGACACUCAAACAUAAUAAUAAUAAUAAACUUAUCAUUGUUAAUGAUAAUGUGUGCUUUACACUGAAAAUGAACAUCAGAGACAUGCUAGCCAUAUUUAUAUUGCUGCACUUUCAAAGUUCCUUAACUCCCCAUACUAACUUCAGUCUGCAGUGACAUGCACUGGUACAGGUCCGUGCAGGUACUCCAAUCCACCUCAUAUACUUGUAGCAAUUGCAAACAUAUUCAGAGGCAGGUCAUGUAUUAUUAAUCUCUGUGCAACGCUAUGAAGCUCAGGCCUCUUUUCAUCUUGCCACCUGGACAAUAAUGAAAGCCUGAAACAUGUAGAGAUAGAUGUCAGUCAGAUGUCCCGGAAGUACACGGAGGAUCUGUUGUGUGCUGUUCCUGCCCUCCCUUGCUGCUCUUGUGCUGUAAAGAUCAGAAACACCAGAUCAUUAUAAAGUUUCUGUCUCUAAAGGUAGAUGCGGCUGAGGUUUGGAAAAUGGUGAGGUUGACUUUGUGCACAGCCAAAAGUGCUCACACAGGCACAGAAAUUCUGAUUUGCAGAGUUAAUCUUCUCAACACACUCUCUGAGGAGAAAGAUUCAAUCAGGACUGAAAAAAAUUUAGUCCAAAACUGAGGGAAAAAAAGAUUUUAACCCUUUUGGAACUUACAACACAACCUAUGAUGAUUAUGAUGAUUUACUUUUUAUUUACAUUGGUGAGGCUGUUCCUACAAACCCUUUGAACCUAAAUACCAUUCACUGCACUGACGAGUAAUACUUAAGCUUAUAUUCAACCUAUCUCCAGUAAAUACACCAUUCCAAGGAGUGGCUGCACUUUGUAUCCCUUUGAAUUUCACUUAACAGCAACUCUUUCACUCAUCUAGCUGACUUGUGGAUCUGAUGUUAUCAGCAAAACAGUUGAAUGCUGUUCUGUUAUUGACUUUUUUUGUGUAUUAUUUUCAUUAUCAAUUAAUCUGCAGGUGUUUUUCAUUUAUGAUUAAAAUAAUUGUAAUUUUAGCCUAUAAAUUGUAAGAAAAUUGGGGAAAAUCUCUAUCACAACUUCCUACAGUCAAGAUUACUACAUUUGAGAAGCUGCAAACACAUAUUAAUGUUGUACACAGAGUUGGUGUAGUGAUCAUCAAUAAAGUCAAAAGCAAACUG